AAAGAAGACGCAGCAAUGAGUCUCUCUGAUAAGGACAAGUCUGCUGUGAAGGCCUUAUGGGCUAAGGUUGGCCCCAAGGCCGAUGAAAUCGGCGCUGAAGCCCUCGGCAGAAUGCUGACCGUCUACCCUCAGACCAAGACCUACUUCGCUCACUGGGCUGACCUGAGCCCUGGGUGCUCCGUGAAGAAGCACGGCAGUGUUAUCAUGGCUGCAGUCGGCGAUGCCAUUUCAAAAAUAGACGACCUUGUGGGAGGUCUGAUGGCCCUGAGCGAACUUAAUGCUUUCAAGCUGCGUGUUGACCCGGCCAACUUCAAGAUAUUCACACACAAUGUCAUUGUGGUCAUCGGCAUGCUCUUCCCUGGAGACUUCUCCCCAGAGGUUCACGUGUCAGUUGACAAGUUUUUUCAGAACUUGGCCCUGGCUCUCGCUGAGAAGUACCGCUAAACUUCCAGUGGGCAUUCAUUCAUACGCUACACUGCGCGGCACCCCUAAGCAACUCAAGUGUGAUGUCUGAAUACAAUUUGUCAAUAAAAGGCACAGAAUUAAA